UCUUUUUUAAUCAAACACACAGGGUCUGCAGCGGCUGGUGAGGAACAUCGUUGGCGCGCGCUUGUGCCAACUGUCUGUGCGCUUGAGUGUGUGUGUGCAAUGCGCGCACACAUGUGCCUCUCUCGGUGAUGUGAGAAAUCAAGAGGGACACAUCUCUUAAGCCUCCUUGUGGUGGGAUUUCAAUCUGAUACACUAAAUGUAGUGCGCGUCUUCGCUCUCACACACUCUCCCUGUAUGUGUGUGAGUGCGCGCGUGUGUGCACGUGAGAGUGUCUGCUCGCUGCAGCUCCGGUUUCGGGCAAGCCCUCUCACUGCUGCACUUCAGCCGAUGUGGAACAACUCGUCUGCAGCCGGCCGCCUCACAUGGCUCCUAAAGAAGCGGAUAUGCCCCAGUGCCACGGGAGACUGACGCCUUCACUGUCUUCCUCUCCUCCGCUAAUGGUCCUCUCGGGGAGUUAUGGUCAGUAAGGAGGCAGGCUGCUGCACUCUGUCAAGCUCAGAGUCUGACUCAGAGUCCGGCGGUUCUUUGCUGGAGCGGAGCGGAGCAGACGUGGUACGCAAGCGAAACAAAGCCCUGCAGGUGCGUUUUAAAGACAUCUGUGAGGCGCAGAAUGAGGCUGCCCACCGAGGUACCAGAGACCACUCUGUUUCCUGCAAAGUCAUUCACCGGAGGUACAUGACAAUGCCGGCGCGCCGCUCCAUCCCAAAUGUCACCAAGAGCACUGGCGUGCAAACCUCGCCUGACUUGAAAAAGCGUUACCAGACUUUUCCCUUCGAGCGUAAAAAGGGAAACAUAAUCAAACACACCGCUCUAGUGGAGAACUACCCAGAUCAAAACAAUGGGAUUUUGAGUGAUGUGAAGGGUGGGGAAUGGGGGACAAGGUGCGAGGGAAGGGUGCAACAGACCCGAGUGUUGCUCCACACUACGCCACAGUGCAGUGAUGCUAAGGACUUGUGUGUUGGGCCGGACUGUUCGGAUGGAAAACUAUGUCCUGAUCUGUCAGACACGGUUUUAGAUCAGUCAGACACAAGGAGAGACACCAACAUCCCGGGGAGUGGGGCCAAGCACAAAGGAUUACCCAUUGAAAGUGAGGCAGGGGCAGGCCAGCAGCCCAACUGUGCCUCCUCAACUAAGCUGACUCAACCUCUGCAGGUCAGGGGUGACUGUUCAAAAAUUUCUGGCCCUAUUGCAUGGACAUCCUUGACACAAGUGGAAUGCCUUGAGAGUCCCUCAGGGAGCUGUAAACGCAAAAAAGACACAGCACAGCUCAAUGGAUUGCAGACGCAGUCUCAGGCUUUGCCUCAUUCGGCGAGUUGUGCUUCCCAGACCCAAAUACAGGCACACUGUCACAGUAGCCAAAACUUGGGCACCGCAGAGACCCGGCAGGGCACACAGGGGCAUCCGAUUGCUCUCCCUGGGGCCGAUGGGAAUGUGAAAGCCAGGCUUCAAGCCAUGGAGUCUCUGAUCAACUCCAGUCAAGAAACCAUCAAAGUGCUGCUGGGGGUCAUUCAGGAACUGGAGAGAGGGGAAGCACAGCGAGAGGGGCUGUCUUAUCGAACUGGGCAGGAUACAGCCAACUGUGACACAUGUCGUAACAGUGCCUGCAUCAUAUACAGUGUGGAACUAGACUUUAAACUUCAAGAGGACAAACUUCAGCCCUUAAUGAAGAGACUGUGUCCAUUCGAAGAGCCGUCCUACCCUUCUCUGCCUUACACACACGAGGUGUUCACCUCUACCCCCAAACGCAAGUCCAAGACUGAGUCCAAGAAGCAUGCACGUUGGAAACUCUGGUUCCUCUAACAUGGAUCCUGGAUCCCUGAAACCAUCACAACGAGUGAAUUCUAGUGGAAUUUUGCUUGACUAAUCGGAUAAACAUGGAGAAAUGCUCACUGCUAGCUACCGUUUUGGAACAUGGGAUCCACUGAGCGUCUGGAUUCUAAUGAGGAAUAACAGUUGUUUUCUAUUCAUGAACCUCUGAUAAACCCUCUUGAGUUUGGGAACUGCAGAAUUCACCUGAUCUCACAUUUUUCAAUGGGAUUACUCAAUGAUCCUUAUAGGUUUAGUAAAGUUAGCAAGGGAUCCUGCAGAGGCGACAAGAAACUUCAAAGCUAAAUGCUAGUUUGCCACAAAGCUACUUGGAGCCGUACAUCAAAGACAUCUAAUCAGCAAAGCACACACUUUUGGGAAUUAUAAAGUACAUUUGAUAGCUGAGAUAUGCUUCUGUCUCUUUACCAGUCUUUCUUUCGUUUUUUCUUUCUUUCUCAAAGUCUCUUGCAUCUUAAAUUUGACAUGAAAAUUGAUUAUCAUUCUAUGACAGAAUAAAUUAAAUUAAUGAAAUUAAAUUAGUGAGUAAAUGCAGAAUCAGCUGACUGGAUGCACUAAUAAUCAAUGACUUUGUAGAAGUAUUAUUUCUGGAAAAUGUUGAGAAUGCACAAUUAGUGUGUCAGAAAUGGUUAGGCUGUAAAUGUACAGUAUGAAUGAAAAAAGGUUUACACACUGGUGUUCUCAUAAAAGUAAAAUAAUAAUAGUAAUAAUUUUAUGAAAAUACAGUGAUUUGUCUUUCAAUUAUAUGGAUUUCGGCAUCAAAUAAUGGGAAAUCGAUAUUUCUGGAAUACGAAAAACCUUUACAGUAAAAAUUUGAUUUGCAGAUGUUCAGUUCUGAAAGUAUUUUCUUGGGAAAAUUACACUGUAUUUGAAGAGUUUGGUUCCAAAAUGCAAUAAAUCAAUUUUUCAAAGAUUUAUUAUAAAAUUGUAUCAUUAUAAUUUUUUCUCAAAAUGCACUAAAUCCACUGAAUCAAUAUGAAAGUUAUUUUUCAUAUUAAAACUGAUCUAAAUACACAACAUGGUAAGUUGAUCCACAUAUGACAGCCUCUGAACUUGGUCAAUAUAUCUUACAUACAGGCACUGGACUAAAAAUACAUUCAUCAGUUAUCACUUCUUAAAUGAAUUCAAUGGGUCAUCUUGUUAAUAACAACAAUAAAAGAAAAUUUCAUCAUGAAUAAGAACAUGAACAACAAUAUCACA